CGUCGCGCCGCGUCGCAAUUUUUCCGGCCGGCGUCGCGGUGAAAAAAAUUAAGCGAGGAAGAGAUCCGGCCGAAUCCGGCGAGCUGCGAGCUGCGAGGGCACGCCGCGCGGUAUCCCCGCGGUGUCUUCGGUAAUCGGACGACCCCCGAUGUUCGCGGAAUCAUCGUGGCUUCGCGCCGGUCGAUCGAGCGGCCGCGCCGCAUGAUUUUCGGAACGUCCGCGAGGCGGAGAGAAGACCUUGCUUGGGGGGACCUCGCUGGAAACGCAACCACGACACCACGCACCACGGCGGCGGGAGUAUAGAGCGGUCGCUAUCGUCGCAGUGGCCACACGCGUGUCCGAGAAAACGUCCUUCGCGCGAGCGCUUCGUGUUCCUCCCCCUCCCCCGGACACCGCGAACAAAACCUCCUCCGCAGUCCCUCGUUGUUGUGAUAUAUUCCCUCUUUUUAUUUUUUUUUUAAACGCCAUGUCAGACUGGGAUACCGCGCCUAUCACUCUCCGUAAACGCGCUCCGAAGUCGUCCACGCUGAAAACUGAGAAGGUAACCAAUGUAGCUCGUGCGGUUAACGACGCUCGGCGACAAGGCUACGCCGUGGAGACGCAGGCGAAGUGGGGUGGUGGUGCGAACAGACAACAUGUGACGACGAAGAACACGGCCAAAUUGGAUCGUGAGACAGAGGAAUUGAAGCAUGAUCACGUUCCACUCGAACUCGGCAAACUUAUCCAGCAAGGACGACAGAGCAAAGGAAUGUCGCAAAAAGAUCUGGCUACGAAAGUAAACGAGAAGGCGCAAGUCAUCAAUGACUACGAGGCGGGACGUGGAAUACCGAACCAGAUGGUGAUCGGCAAAAUCGAGCGAGUACUCGGAAUCAAAUUGCGCGGUAAAGAUCGUGGCAAACCGAUGACAGCCCCCGGGACGAAGAAGUGAAUCUCGGGGGGAAGCAAUGUCUAUCUUUCGAUCCUUAUAUACUGUUCCCAAGGAAGAACUAUGAGAAGGAAGACGGUAGAAUGGAACGCAACAAAAAAAGAAACAAACCCCUACCCUCUUUUCCUUUGGUUAUAUGGAUAUUGUGAAAAUGGUAAAAAAUGGGUUAUAAUUAACUUGUCUUUAUGUAUGAAAUAAAAAGAAACAUAUUUUAGGAUAUCACGAAUACGUACGGAGUAAUAUACGAUUACAUACGGUGCAUACAGUAACAUAGCGUAUAACGUUAAACAAGGCUUAUUGAGUUACCUUCGCGCGUAAAUCGUUUGUUAUAGAUUUUUAAGUGUACAUUACCAAUGCUAAUCAUGAAAUAAAAGCGAAACGUAUGUUUGA